AUGGCGUCACUGCAACGUUCCGCUGUCUUUCGACAAAGCAUCCGACAAUUCCAGCAAUCAAUUCAAGAAAGAGCAAAUACAGCGGCUAAUGUAAUCCGUCAGGAAGCAGAAGUGAAUAUAAGACGUGUACGUCAUGUGCCACGCUGGAUACAACUUCUGAGGAAAGUAUAUCAUGAAUAUGGUCUCAAGCAUAUUCUUCUAAUCAUUGUUCUCAUCAUUUAUCAGUUUAUUGGUGCAGCAAUAUUCUAUCUUUGUGAAGCAAGUCAUGAUGAGUCACUUGAAACGUUUUGGAAAGAAAACAUAAAGCGGAAUCGAACACGUUUGAUAGAUGUUAUCGUAUCAUCUAUGCUCAAUAACACCGAAUAUCUAUUCUUUCUUACUUCCAAUCAAACUAGACAGGUCAAAAGACGCUUAGGUCAAGAAUUAACUUUAUAUGAAAAGGGCCUCGGAAUUAAAUAUACUGAUCAAAAAAUCCGAUGGGAUUUCUGGAAUGCUAUGUUAUAUGCUCAGACAAUUUGUACAACAAUUGGUUACGGACAUCUUUAUCCGUCCACAACAGCCGGUCGUAUUUUUACAAUGCUUUAUGCAAUUGUCGGCAUUCCGUUGGUGCUCAGUAUACUCGAUGAUCUCGGUAAAUUACUGACCAGAUGUCUCAAAACGCCUUGGUACCUUACUAAAUGCGGAUGUCGCCGAUUGUCCCGUUAUUGCACGAAGCAGACAAUGACCGAAAUCUGGGAACUUGAUGCAGAAGAUAAAAGAGAUUUGGAAAUUUUUGACUUGCCAAUACCGAUAGCAAUAUCUGUUGUUAUUACAUGGAUAUUUAUUUGUUCUGCGACAUUUUGUCUUUGGGAGAAAGACUGGGAUUAUUUUGUUGCUUUUUACUUCUUUUUCAUAUCUUUAAGCACAAUUGGUCUCGGUGACAUCACUCCAACACAGCCAAAAUAUUUGCUCAUGCUAUUCAUUUAUAUUAUUAUUGGUCUUUCAUUAGUUUCUAUGUGUAUUAAUUUGAUUCAAUCAGAAAUGGCUCGAACAUACGAAGUUGGGCAACUGGAUAAUUUAAGCUUAAACUCGGCUGACUUUUCUUCCGAAAGCAUGAAUCAAAGAAUUUGCAACAAGAAUUGUAUUAGCUCAAGCAAUGGAAGUAAUAUUAUUGAUGGUAGUGCGCGAUCGUUGUCCGAUAAUUCUCUUUGGCGCAUUUCAGUCAACAACAGGAAAAAAUUUGAUAAAUCAUCGCAAACGAUGCUAUCAUUCCUCAGUCCUUGUGGAAAUUCAAACAUGUAUAAGUAUGAUUAUAAUAUAGGAAUUAAGUUCCUACCAAGGAAUUUAUCAAUCGAUGAUGUGAUGAAGCUAAUGGAUACCGAAGAAGAAGAUAUUUUGGUACUAACUGGACUUAUUCGCGCUGAUAGCAAUGUUUCGGAUAAUAGUGAUGAUAGUAGUUAG